CGACAUUUCUCCUUCCUCAGGCAAAUGAUACCCCGCAUCCCACUGCUCUCCAGGGUGGGAGAAGGGGAAAAUAUUUGUGCAGUGAUCAAAAUGGGCAUUCAUUUUAAGUCAUGACAUUUUUUGAGUGAGUCUUUUUUGAAUAAGAAAGUACCCCAAGAGGCAGACAGGCGGCCGUGCGUGUACUCUCUACUACUCUUUACGGGCAAUUAACAAGAGACCCCCCUUUCUGAGCUUGCGAAAUCUGAGCCUUAGAAGCUUCAAAUGGCCCCUGAUCUGAAAAAGACUAUCAAAAUCGCCGCUGUCCAGGCGGCACCGGUAUUUCUUAACCGUGCUGGAACCACUGAGAAAGUGUGUCGCCUCAUCCGCGAAGCUGGCGAGAAGGGGGCAGAUGUUAUUGGAUUUCCUGAAGGCUUCAUCCCCUGCUUCCCAUCAUGGGUUGAGAUUCUUCCCCUGGUCUCUGAGCCAGCCCUCUCUUUGUACCGCGAAUUCUUCCACGAAGCCGUCGAGGUUCCCGGGCCAGAAGUAAGCGCAAUCCAAGAAGCAUGUCGAGAUGCCAAUAUAUAUGCCGUCGUGGGCAUCAACGAGAGACGUGCAGGCAGCACUGGUACACUCUUCAACACGCAAUUGAUGUUCGGGCGCGAUGGCGAGCUGCUGCACAAACAUCAAAAAUACGUGCCAACCAUCGGAGAGCGGCUGAUCCACGCUCCUGGAGCUACCGGAAGUAAAGCUUCCGUACAGACCGAUUUUGGCUGUCUGAGCACUCUCAUUUGCGGUGAGAACGGGAAUCCCCUGGCGAUCUACUCCCUCUCCCUCGACUAUCCGAUCGUGCAUGUGGCCUCAUGGCCAGCCCACUUCGGCCCAAGCAUUGCCCCGGAUGAUAUGCAGAGGAACAUCUUGACGUAUAGUGGAGGACUGGCAGCCUCACUCUCUUGUUUCGUCAUCAACUCCGUCGCAGUAGUUUCCAACGAGGCCAUUGACGCGUAUGGCGGCGACGAGGCAGGGCGUAAAUUCCUGCACAAACAUCAGGAGAAGACUGACCGCGCCACAAUCCUUGGACCCAACGGCUCCAUAGUUGCAGGGCCAUUUGAAGAGGCCCAAGAAGGAAUUCUCUACGCAGAUGUCAGUGCAAAUGAUUUGGUGAUUCCGAAAUACGUUACAGACUAUGCUGGACACUAUAAUCGCCCGGAGCUCUUUGCCCACCAUUUCGCGAAGUAUUUUGAGAACGGACAAGGCAAUGAGGCAACUCAGUCUUGACUUUUAUGUUUUCUGUAUAUUUCAGCGUUAUAUUCGCAUGAUCUUGCGCUCUAGAUCUUAUGGUAUAAUAGACAUACAUAGUUCAAGGGGGUUUCCAUUCGUGGAGCUGCUGGACAUAAUAUGGAUUUAACCAUAUGUAAAUGUGUAUUGAUUAGGAAGGCAUUCUCUUAAUAUAUGGAACAAAAGGGACUUCCAUAUUGUAGUUAUAUGAUUAUAUCAUUGGAAAGUGUUUGGUACUUACUGCUCAGGAUAAAAAAGCAUUCAUAGGCACAAACCUAGAGGCUGUUAUUUAAACAACCAGAGGCCCA